AUGUUGCACUCAGCGAUUUUGUGCCUUUGCCUGUUCCUGGCUGCCGUGUCGGCCAGCAGUCCCCCGAAGGUCUUCAUCAUUCGGCAUGGAGAGAAGCCCGCGAACCCGGACGACCAUGGCCUGACCUGGGACGGAAUCAAGCGAUCGCAGUGCCUGCGCGAGGUAUUCGGGGAGCAUUCAGGAUACGAUAUUGGUCAUAUUAUGGCGCCUACGGUGAAGUGGAAUGGAGAACACCGACGAGCUUAUAUGACCGUGCUUCCUGUCGCAAAUGACCUCGGCCUCGAAAUCGACACCCACUGCUCGCGCAAAGACACCAAAUGCGUCGCCGAUGCGAUUCGGUCCUACGACGGCCCUGGGAAUAUCUUGAUUGCCUGGCGACACAAAAACAUGGGGGCAAUUCAGGAGCACUUGGGCUCCAGUGAUCCAGUCGAGUAUCCCGAGGAUCGCUUUGAUCUUAUCUGGACGAUCCCUUUCUCGUACGAAGAGAUCACAGACAUUAAAAGCGAAUUCUGUCCCGGAUUAGACUCGAGCCCAGGGCUGAUUGCACAGUAUUGA